UACUAUGACUUGACACUAUCAAGUAAUAACUCCAUGCACAGCCAACUCCAAGAAUCUAUUUCUCUUGGUAUUGAUCUGUAAUACUAUGAUUUAACAUCAAAAAGUAUCCUGCAAAUUUUCUCGAGUGUCAUAAUGUGAUCAAUAAUUUUUUUUCCCCUUUCCAAUCUAGAAUUGACUGUAGGCAGUGCUCGAGAGAAAGCAACAUCCCUUCACAUAGCAUAAUAUGGCAUAAUCUUUGUGGAAAAAGCCUAUCAAAACUAUAGGCAUAAACCAAACUAAUUACCUCAUCAGUAAAUCAGUAACUUAAUUACUCCAUUGAUGUAGCAAAACAACACUUACUACUUGACUAUUUAACACCACAAAAUGAAACCAUAUUAAGACUCCCUUAUUCCAACCCAGACCUGAUCAAAAUUAUAAGCAUAAACCAAACCCAUCACCUCAUCAACAAAUCAAUGAGGUAAUUUGGUUUGGUUUGGUUUAUGCUUUUUGUUUUGAUCAUGUUUUUUCUUGAUGUAAAAUUGGUUCUGUUUGUAGAGUGCCAUUGAUGAGUAGUUGUUCUGCAACGUAAAUAUUAUUUUGAAUGUUAAAUUAUGCCAAUGUCAAGUGAUGUUGUUGAUUUCUCUUGAGUGCUGCAAGCACUUCCUAUGAUCAUGGAUUGGAAAUGGAAAAAGAAAGCUAUUGGCCACAUUGUGGCAUUCUUUCUUUUCAAUCUGGGGAGUGGAAAAUUUGCUGGAUGCUUGCUGUUGCUGGUUUUAAAUCAUACCAUCACAGAUCGAUAUCAAAAGAAAUAGACCCUCGGAGUUGCUUCCUAGUUCUUAUUGUACCUUGUAAAGAUCUAAGAGUGCAUGUAGAACUUUGUUGAUUGAUUUGUUGGAGGAUUCUUUUAUGUCUAUAAGUUCAACAUGUUUUGCUAAGAAGAAAAUACAAAUACAGACAGUUAUAUACUCAUUGGCGGACACUUUAGUUUGCAUUUACAUAUGAGAUGGGUUCUCGAGGAAGGCCACUAUUUGAUCUUAAUGAACCCCCUGCUGAGGAUGAUGAGGAGACUGAUCGCGUCAUCUGCUUGCAGCCGCAGAAGGCACUUCCCACUGUAAAUCCAAACCCUUCUGACUCGUUUGCAGCAUCAAUAGUUCCCCAAGGAAUAAAAAUUUGCAAUGCUUUCUCACAUGCAUCUUCUGUGUCGGGUUUUCAGCCUUUUGUUAGGCCCAAAGUUGCCCAAGGCCCUGAAGCAGGUUCUGAACAGAAAAAAAGUGGGGAUCAGAAUCCCAAGUUUGCAUCAUCAGUAAAAUCAAGUAACGGUGAUGACGCAAAAGCAUCAUCAUCAUUAGUUUCGGGUUCUGCAGAUCCUGAAGCUGUAGAAAGAGAAGAAGGAGAGUGGUCUGACAUAGAAGGCUCUGCUGAUGCAUCUGCUGGCAAUAGCCUCCAUGAGUUGGGCAAAGCUUCACAAGAUCAAGGCAAGUCUGAGUUGAUGCACUGUAAUGCUUCUGGUAUGCGUACUGAGAACAUUUCUGGCAGUACCGAGGUUACUGAUAAUAACAGGUUUGAAAUCAGUGGCCAGGCUUCUCAGGUACUGGAUCAGGGUAUGAAUGAUCAGAAAAGUAACAACAGUCAAAAUUCACAUAGCAAUUCUAACGGUGAUGCAUCCGUGGAUGGUCAGGAAGAAACUGCAUUAGUUCCAAAAGCAAGAGAGGUUAAAGGUGUUGAAGCAAGUCAUGCGCUCAAGUGGGCCAAUAAUAUGGGGAAGAGAAAGAUAGACCAACAUAAAGAAGCAAUGUUAGGAAAGAAGCGAAAUAGACAGACCAUGUUAAUUAAUAUAGAUGAAGUCAAGCAAGCAGGCCCUAUCAAAUCUUCAACACCAAGAAGGCCGCCAACUACCGUUCGUACUGUGAAGGAAGUUCGCACUGUCCCUCCCCCUGUUGAACAUGUUGGGGAAAGGCAUAUGCAUCCGAUGAUUAAGGAUCAGAAACAAGUUGACCUAUCAUCUAAUGAAGGGGGCACUUCAUCUGAAUCCUGCCAGCCCAAAAAUGAAUGUAAUGGUGAUACAAGUUCUGGACAACAAGGGAAGCCUAGGAGGUUGAACAGCGAUACUGAUUUUUCUGGAGAAGGACACCCACCACCCCUUCCAAGACAGAGUUCAUGGAAGCAGCCUGCUGAUUUGAGGCAGCCAAAGAACUCACAAUUUCAUAAUAGGAAGCCAGCUCUGAUGAGCCAAAGCUCCAUAGAUUCAAAGUUGGGAAACAGAAAACAACCCCCUGCCAAGAAGCCAGCUCUAGUCAGCACACCAUAUCAAGACACUUCAGUGGAACGUCUCAUACGGGAGGUGACUAACGAGAAGUUUUGGCAUCACCCAGAGGACUCUGAGCUUCAAUGUGUUCCUGGACGGUUUGAAUCUGUUGAGGAAUAUGUCAGGGUGUUUGAGCCUUUGCUUUUUGAAGAAUGCCGGGCACAACUUUAUAGCACAUGGGAAGAGUUGACUGAAACAAAUGCACAUGUAAUGGUUCGUGUAAAGAGCAUUGAAAGACGAGAAAGAGGAUGGUAUGAUGUUAUAGUCCUUCCUGUGAGUGAGUGCAAAUGGACAUUCAAGGAGGGUGAUGUUGCAGUUCUUUCAACCCCUAGCCUUAGGCCUGGAACAGCAGUCAGAUCCAAGAGGAGUAACACCUCAUCAAAUGAAGAUGAUGAUGAGCCUGAGAUCAGUGGACGUGUGGCUGGUACUGUUAGACGACAUAUCCCUUUGGAUACUCGUGAUCCUCCUGGUGCAAUCCUUCAUUUUUUUGUUGGGGACUCAUAUGACCCUUACAGUAAGGCUGAUGAAGGUCAUAUUCUGAGGAAACUCCAGCCCAGAGGCACCUGGUAUCUAGCUGUGCUUGGUUCUCUUGCUACCACUCAGAGAGAGUAUGUCGCCUUGCAUGCAUUUUGCCGUCUCAAUCCACAGAUGCAAACUGCAAUCUUGAAGCCCAGUCCUGAACACUUCCCAAAAUACGAGCAACAGACCCCUGCCAUGCCUGAAUGCUUCACACAGAAUUUUGUUGAUCAUUUGCAUCAGACCUUCAAUGGACCUCAGCUGGCAGCAAUACAAUGGGCUGCAAUGCAUACAGCUGCUGGUACAAGUAGUGGUACGACAAAGAGGCAAGAUCCAUGGCCCUUUACUCUUGUUCAAGGGCCUCCUGGAACAGGUAAGACACACACAGUCUGGGGAAUGCUAAAUGUCAUCCAUUUGGUCCAAUAUCAGCAUUACUACACUUCUUUGCUUAAGAAACUAGCACCCCAGAGCUACAAGCAAUCCAAUGAGAGCAAUUCUAACAACAUUACAAUAGGUUCAAUUGACGAAGUUCUUCAUAACAUGGACCAGAAUCUCUUCCACUCUCUUUCAAAGCUCUGUCCAAAGCCCAGAAUGUUAGUUUGUGCUCCUUCUAAUGCUGCAACAGAUGAACUUCUCUCUCGUGUUCUUGAUCGUGGUUUUAUUGAUGGUGAGAUGAAAGUUUAUCGACCUGAUGUGGCUAGAGUUGGGGUUGAUUCACAAUCACGUGCUGCCCAGGCAGUUUCAGUUGAGAGGAGAACUGAACAAUUAUUAGUCAAGAAUCGUGAAGAAGUCUCAAAAUGGAUGCAAGAUUUAAGAGGACAGGAGGCAUAUUUUUCUGGGCAAAUAGCUGAUCUUCAAAACAAACUUACCAUGGCAGCUGCUGAUGGUCGUUCCCAAGGAUCUGUUGGUGUUGAUCCUGAUGUUCUUAUGGCUCGCGAUCAAAACCGAGAUGCUUUGCUGCAGAACCUUGCAGCAGCUGUUGAAAACAGAGAUAAAGUUCUAGUUGAGAUAUCUCGCCUUCUUAUUUUAGAGGCCAGGUUCCGUGGUGGUAGUAACUUCAAUCUGGAGGAAGCCCGCUCAAGUCUGGAGGCAAGUUUUGCCAAUGAGGCUGAAAUUGUUUUUACCACUGUCUCAAGCAGUGGUCGCAAGUUGUUCUCUCGACUUACACAUGGUUUUGAUAUGGUAGUUAUUGAUGAGGCUGCCCAAGCCAGUGAAGUAGCUGUUCUUCCUCCCCUAGCUCUUGGUGCUGCACGUUGUGUUCUUGUAGGGGAUCCCCAGCAGCUUCCUGCAACAGUUAUCAGCAAGGCAGCUGGGACCUUGAUGUAUAGUAGAAGCCUUUUUGAAAGGUUUCAACAAGCAGGAUGUCCAACGAUGUUAUUAUCUGUGCAGUAUAGGAUGCAUCCUCAAAUUCGAGAUUUUCCUUCACGGCACUUCUACCAAGGCCGUCUUACUGACAGUGAAAGUGUUGUUAACUUAUCUGAUGAGAUGUAUUACAAGGACCCUUUACUUAGACCUUACCUAUUCUAUGAUGUUACUUAUGGGCGGGAGUCCCACAGAGGUGGAUCUGUAUCUUAUCAGAACAUACAUGAAGCACAGUUUUGUCUUCAGUUGUAUGAGCAUCUUCAGAAAACUCUGAAAUCCUUUGGUCUGGGGAGAAUCUCUGUUGGCAUAAUCACGCCAUACAAGCUGCAACUGAAAUGCCUUCAAUAUGAAUUUUCAGCAAUUUUAAAGUCAGAAGAAGGGAAAGAUAUCUAUAUCAAUACUGUAGAUGCUUUCCAAGGCCAGGAACGAGAUGUGAUUAUUAUGUCUUGUGUACGUGCCUCAAAUCAUGGAGUUGGCUUUGUUGCUGAUAUCCGCCGAAUGAAUGUUGCUCUCACACGUGCCAGAAGGGCAUUAUGGGUUAUGGGGAAUGCAAAUUCGCUGGUCCAAUCUGAUGAUUGGGCUGCAUUGAUUGAUGAUGCUAAAGCAAGAAGUUGUUAUAUGGACAUGGACUCUCUCCCCAAAGAUUUUUUCGUUCCAAAGGGAAUGCAGGGGAAAACCAACAAUACAAGGGGGUCGAGGUUAGGUGGGCCAAGACACAGAUCUAUGGAUAUCCACAUGGAGUCCAGAUCAGGAACGCCAUCAGAAGAUGAUGAUAGCUCAGGUGCACCUGUGAUUUCUAGGAAUGGGAGUUAUAGGCCCUUUAAGCCACUAAUGGACAAUUCAUUAGAUGAUUUUGAUCAAUCAGGUGAUAAAUCAAGGGAUGCAUGGCAAUAUGGCAUACAGAAGAAACAAAGUUCUUCUGGGGUUAAGAGAGACUCCUAGGUGUCUUGAUAAAUGUCUGCAAAUUCUUUUGGCAUUUGGGAUAGCGUUCAAUGUUAUUGAAUCUCUACAGUUGUGAUGCUGUCUCUUAGUGCCAGGAAGUCCUCGGUACCUGGGCUUCUUAUGCUCUGAUUGCAUCUGCUAAACACAAUUUGAAACAAGGGCCUAACUCUAACUUCUUACGCUGAUCGCAUUUGCUAAACAGAACAUAAAACAAGCUGGAAGUGCUGCAUUUAUAUUGGAUGCUUGGAGUGGAUGAACAGUGCUUUUGCAAUAGAUCGGUUCUGAUUGGAUUGGUUCCUGUGAUUUCUUGCUGAGAGAUGGGUAUUUUUGAGUUAGUUGUGGGCGCCUUCAUCCACCUUCUCACCGGUGUGUCAGUAAGAAAUUAUUCUGUUGCACGCAAUUAACAUGUCUAAUUUGAACUGUUGUCUGUUGAUCACUGGACGGUGGGUAUUCGAAUACCAGGAAUCAGUUGGUGGCAUCAAGAAACAUUUAUUAUUUAGAAGCUGAGGUGCCACCAUAUGGCGAUGGAGCUUACCCCACCAUAUUGACAUUUUUUCUGAUGUCUUUAGUUGAUGUGGGGUGUGAGGAGGCUUUCCAGUUAUGCAUUGUAUUGUAGCUUUAUUCUUAAAGGAAGGAAGCUAACUCCUUGGUUCUCAAUUCUUGGAGAGUGUGAGCACUUUAAUAUUGAUGUAGGCACAUUCUUUGGAUGCAUGUAGGAUACUGGACUGUUAACCAAAUAUUCUUUUCUUCCAGUUGUUUUUUUGAAGGGGAAGUAAGAGUACAUGCCUGCAACACAUGGGAAACUCUUAAAUUUAUGUAUAGAAAACGGAAGGAGAGUACAGGAUUUGUACAACAAUACUCAAAUGCUAGAGGCAUUUGUUGACUUUUACUGACUUGUACAUAAGUCUUCAAAUAUGAUUUAUUUUUGGCAUAA